GUCUUCUCCCUCUCUCUCUCUCUCUCUCUCUCUCUCUCUCUCUAACCUGAUCAUGAACAUGAUCACUAACGUGAGAAUCGAAGGGAAAGGAGAGCAAGCUGUGGUGCUCUCGCAUGGGUAUGGGGGGAGUCAGUCCACUUGGGACCAUGUUGUCCCUCACCUCUCUCAGAGGUACCGACUCCUUCUCUUUGACUGGAACUUCAAGGGAGCCAUCGACGCUUCCAAGUACUCCUCCUUCACUGCCUUCGCUGAUGCUCUCAUCGCGCUCAUCGACCGGUUGAAGCUCAAAGGAACAGUGUUCCUUGGUCAUUCCAUGUCCGGCAUGAUCGGCUGCAUUGCCUCCGUCAAAAGGCCCGACCUCUUCAGUCAUCUCGUGCUCAUCGCAGCAUCUCCAAGGUACUUGAAUUCGGAUGACUACGAAGGAGGGUUUGAGAGAGCCGAGAUUGACAAUGUACUCUCCGACAUCGAGUUCAAUUUCCACGCAUGGGCCGAGAACUUCAUCGUGCUUGUCAUUGGAGCAGAUGAUCCCAUCUCUGUUGACAAACUGGGAAGGAGCUUCAAGAGCAUGAGGUCGGAGAUCGCACUCGCCCUCGCGAAGACCAUCUUUUUGGGUGAUAUGAGGCAUACGCUAGACAAAGUCGAGGUUCCUUGCACCAUUAUUCAAGUCAGCAAUGAUUUCGUGGCACCCGUCUCUGUUGGGCGUUACAUGCAGAGCAGGAUAAAGGGGAUGGCAACGCUGGAGAUGAUCGACUCGGAUGGCCAUUUCCCUCAGCUCACUGUUCCCCACAAGCUUCUCGAGAUCCUGGACAGGGUCAUGGUGUCAAACAAACCAUGCAUGGUUGAAAACGUUCCGAGCUUUCACGCAUAGGAACAGAUCUUGCUGGAUCUUUCGCCCUAGUAUUAUGGGAUUGCUCACUUGAGAUGUAUUAAUUCUAUGUCUAUUUUAAUCGAGAAUAAUUAAUAUCUAAAAUUUUCUCGAGAAAGGGACGAUCGAAUUUCUCAAAAGGUAGGUUGUGAUGUUUUUAUGGGAAUUAUUAGUUAAUGAACUUAUGCAUAUCAAUUGAAACA